CCAGCAACCACAGCCAUGAGGAGCCUCAUCUGGGUGUGUGUUUUCCUGGCACUCGCCGCUGUCGCUCUGACAGCUCCUCCGAAAGGAGAGAAAAGGCAAUCUCAUGGAGGCCAACAACAAGGUGGUAGACGAGGUGGUCACGGUGGUCAUCAUCCUCCCGGCCCGCCUGGCCCACCAGGCCCUCCAGGACCACCAGGCCCUCCAGGCCCACCAGGUCCACCACCUAGUGGACCUCCGCCAUCUGGACCACCGCCAUCUGGUCCACCUCCUUCUGGUCCACCUCCUUCUGGCUGCCCUCCACCUGGCCCGCCUGGCCCACCAGGACCACCAGGUCCUCCAGGACCACCAGGUCCACCACCUAGUGGACCUCCGCCAUCUGGACCACCUCCCUCUGGAACACAACAAGAAUCUGAAGAUAUUACGGUAUCUGUCACUGACGAUUAAUUGCUUCUGUCUAAAACUUUAUAUGGCAUCAGUUAGGUAAAUAAACAUAGAGGUUGUUCUAA